AAUUAGAUCGUAAUCCGCAAACCUCGGGCAAAGGGUCCAUGGGGACCAAGAUCUCCUCGUGAGAUAUAUAAAGCAUAGUAACACCCUAAGUGAAUUUGCUUCUCUCGUGUCGUGCACAACCUCCAUCUGUUUCUCCGAAAAGCAUUGCAAAAACCCCCGCUGAAUAGAAGCACAAUGGUCAAAAUCAAGGAGUUCGCUGUUGAGCGGUGGAUGGAUGAUUAUGAGAAUGAUGCCAAGCACAACCUCGCGGAGACCUGCUGUGCGUCAAUCUCGCUCAGUGAUCUCUCGUCCCUUUCUGGUCAGCGAACCAGCAUCGUAGACUACGACCAGAAGCAAGUCUACGGCGCAAUCCGUGGAUCAAAAGCUUUACGGUCUAACAUUGCCAACCUGUACACCACUGAAGCAUCAGUGCCGGUGUCUGCAGACAAUGUUCUUGUCACAAAUGGUGCAAUUCAAGCCAACUUCCUAGCACUCUACACAAACGUGGGACCUGGGGACCAUGUUAUCUGCCACUAUCCAACAUAUCAACAGUUGUACUCUGUUCCAGAAGCGUUUGGUGCUCAGGUUGAUCUGUGGAGGUCAAGGGAAGACGCUGGCUGGCAACCGGACCUGGAAGAUCUGAGAGCACUUGUAAAGCCAAAUACUAAACUUAUUCUUCUCAACAACCCACAAAAUCCAACCGGCGCAGUGCUCGAGCGCGAGAUACUGCAGGGAAUCGUCGACAUUGCACGUGAGCACGAUAUCAUGAUCCAUAGUGACGAGGUAUAUCGGCCUCUAUUUCACUCACUCGAUCCGAGCCAGCCGGAGCACCCGCCAUCCAUUCUCUCACUAGGGUAUGACAAGGUGAUUGCAACAGGUUCGAUGUCAAAGGCAUUCAGCUUGGCAGGUAUCCGUCUAGGAUGGAUUGUGUCAGGGAGUUCUGAGAUUAUUGAAGCGUGCGCCUCUGUUCGCCACUACACUAUUAUCGCUGUCGGACAGCUCGACGAUAGCGUGGCGACGCUUGCCCUCAGCACACCAACCGUGAAUAACUUAAUUGAGCGCAACAUCCAAUUAGCUAGACAGAAUCUCGCUGCAUUGGACAUAUUCAUCAAAGAGUUUGAGUGGGCAACUGAAUGGACGCGGCCACGGGCAGGGACCACCGCAUUCGUCAAAUUCGUUAACAGAGACGGAAAGCCAAUUGAUGAAGUUGCAUUCUGCCAACAGUUGCUAAAGCAAAAGGGAGUAAUGUUCGUCCCUGGCAGCCAAUGCUUCGGAGGUGGAGUCGAUUUCAAAGGCUAUGUCCGGAUAGGUUAUGUUCCAGAGAAUCAGGUCAUGAUAGAUGGUCUCCAAGCUCUAAGGGAAUUCAUGCGCAACGAAUAUGAGCAAUUACCUGCUGCCACUGAAUAGGCUGUCUGAAGCGAGGGACCAAGUGUUUAUCAACAUGGCAUCAUAAAAGUCAAGUUUCCGUACUCCUUGUUUCUUGUUGUU